AAUUUCGCUCGACAGAACUGAUAAUCAUCUAACUACAAUGAGCACAGAACUUGAGUCUACUGGCCCAGGAGAAAGUGGGGGUGGUAGCUAUGUGUCCCUGUCGAACAAUGAGCGUCUAACAAAUUGUCCCGCUUGCGGGAAAGUGUUCUCCUCAACUAUGGCAGUCUGCCUCCAUCUGCAGGAUGAUCUCAGGUGCGGUCAGCACUUACUCCCCACGCCUUCCGCCUUCCGUGUGCCACCAAAAUCUCAUGCGCCGCGGGUCGGUCAAUAUCACCCGAAGUCUGGCUAUAUCUACGAUAUGGGUCAGUUGAAUACUCUGGAGCGUAUGAAGCUAGACGAGUAUGAGCCCAAAUGAAAAGACAACCCUUACUUCCCCUUUUCCUCCAAGGAUGAAUGGGAUUUUGGGAAGUUUCUCUACCACAACCUCUCCCAAACGCAGAUCAACGACUUUUUGAAGCUCCAAUUGGCAAGAAACAGCCUGGUUUCAAUUCAAUAAAUCUUACAUCACUUGUACAGGUUAAGAAUCUCCAGCCCAGCUUUCGAACCGCCGAGCAGCUUCUUUCGUGGUUGGACAUGAUCCCCAAAGGUUCAACUUGGCAAUGCACAGAAAUCUGUGCCGAGGGCUACGCUACGAAAGAGCCUAUUUAUCUCUACUGGCGUGACGCCUUGGAAGUCGUGCAGGACAUAUUCGGGAAUCCGGCCUUCGCCGAAAAUAUGAUGUACGAUCCAUACUACAUUUACGAGGGCACUGAACGCGAAUACGGCGAGUGGAUGUCGGGUGACGAGGCACAUCGAAUUCAGAAUGAGCUUCCAGAUGGUGCCACUAUCGUCCCUGUCAUCCUUGCAUCGGACAAGGCACCGGUCACAAGAAUGAGCGGAGAUCGUGAGAUGCACCCGUUAUUCCUCACGAUUGCCAACAUCAACUCAGAAGUCCGUGUGAAAGCAACAGCACACGCAUGGGCGUGUAUAGCGUAUACCCCAAUCCCCGAAUUUCUCGCACACCCCGAAUUCCAUUCCAUCCUAGAGGCUCGUGUAUGGCACCGAUGCAUCGACAUGGUUUGCGCGAACCUGAAGGUUGCUGCGCACAACGGCGUUUUUAUGGCCGAUUCUCACAAUAAUACUCGAUAUUGUUUCAUGCCUCUUGCCGCAUAUACUGCUGAUCUGCCAGAGCAGUUGAUGAUCGCCUGUGUUGCCAAGUCCGCUUCGCCUGUCACCACCGCUAUACAGAGCCAGUUUGGUGAUGCGAUCAAACAUACAUCUCGCGAUGGCCAGCUCACCUUGAAGACACUGCAUGAUAUAUGCUCAGCGACAGGUGAGCAUAUAGAUCCUUGGAAGAUCCAGGAGUUCCAAGUGGCGGCCAAGAAGCAUCACCUUAGUGGUGUUCAACUUCCUUUUUGGCGAGACUGGCGGUUUUCAAAUCCUGCGAUUUUCCUUGUUGGCGAAAUCCUUCAUUCCUGUCACAAGUGGUUCUUUGACCAUGUUCUCAAAUGGUGCAAGUGGGUACUUGGAGAUGAUGAACUAGAUGCUCGCUAUCGCUGUCACCACAAGUACAUUGGCACUCGCCAUUUCACUGGGGUAUCGCGUGUGAAACAAAUGACCGGACGUGAGCAUCGGGACAUUCAGCACACGAUCGUUGCAACUAUAGCAGGCGUGGCAGGUCCAGAUUUCGUCCAUGCCAUUCGCGCGAUAGUCGAUUUCAUCUGCCAUGCCCAGGCUCCAACGUUCACGACUUCCUCCAUCCGAGAAAUGGAAACAUGCUUAGAAGAGUUUCACCUGUACAAGCAGGCCAUACUAGAUGCAGGUGCAUGGAGAGGAAAAACUGGUGGCAUCCCCCAUUUCCAGAUACCGAAACUCGAAUUAUUUCAGUCGUUUGGCUCUAGCAUACAGAAUAUCGGCUCUCUCAUCCAGUACACAGCAGAUGUGAGCGAACGCCUGUUGAUCACUCAUUGCAAGGAUCCGUUCCUGCAUACCAACUGGAAGACUGGCUUCACACAACAGAUCGUGCUACGCCUCGACCGCGAGGAAUCCAUACGUCGGUUUGACCUCCACACUCUUCUCCACCGCAAUGAUACAUCACUCAGCAACAUAUUAUCUGCAGAGCAUGACAGCAUGCCUCGCGCACCCCCAGUCAUUCAAGAAGAAAUCUACUCGUUUACUGGGUCUGCAACCCCCCGCAAUCACUUCUUACAAGGUUUCGUUUCGGACGAUGCCACCACUGCAUUCCAUGUCACUCGGAAGCCCGACUUCGCCGACAAGCCAGCAUCUUACUUAUCCACCACAUACUGCCUUCCCGACUUCCCUUCGCUACUCCUUUCCUACAUCGAUAACAUAGCUGGUUGGAACUCCACGCUCCGUAGUCGACUGCUCCGAGGAUGGUCGAAGUUCUGGAUCCAGAUGCAGUUGCGGCUCCGGCCACUUACGAUCUUACCAAGCCAACAGGUUCAAGCCUUGCCACCUUUGAACGAACAUCCCUAUGGAAAAUGUGACACCGUACUGGCUCGUGUUACAUCCCCCUUUAGCACACCAAGUAAGUGGAUUCAAAACUGCAUUUCCUGGUGUUGAUGGUCGUUAUCUCCCAGCCACACUUGUUGUCCAAGUACGCGCGGUGUUUGCACUUUCUACAAGGGACAAUGCCCUCCCCCCCGACCUUUCUAAUCCACUGCUCUAUGUCCAGUGUUUUGCCUUUGUGGCAACACCAUCUGACCAACCCGAGAUCGGAAUGUACACUGUCCGUCAUAUGUUCAACAUCAGUGCUAAUGGUAGUAAGUCCCGGGUUGGUACAAUUGUUCCGUUAUUGGACGUUAUCCACGCAGUCGAGCUCAUACCAAAAUACGGAGAAACUGUCAGUCGGAAUGUCGCAUCAGAGAUGUCGCUGGAACUCUAUGACGACUUCUACCUCGAUUCCUUCUCGAGCAAGGAAUUUUAUUAUACGAUACAUGAUGACUUGUACCUUGUAGUCGACGAAGUGAAAAUCAAUGUAUACCGUUCAUUAAUGGC